AUGGCCCGCAACUGCGCUGGCUGUAGCCGGAGUCUCCCGCGUGCAUCUUACUCGGUUGACCAGUGGUCCACAGGUCAAGGUCGCUCGCGAUGCGGUGCCUGCGUCAACAGAUUCGGCGCUUGCGCCCCAGGGGCGUCUCAAUCCGAGGUCGGUCGCUACAACAACUCCAGCGAUGGCUCUCUCGACUCCGGAGAGUUGGAGAACCCUUUCGCUUCCGGCACAAAUCGUUGGGUUGCCAAGGGGAGUUACACCACCGGUGCACGUCUAGGAGAGGCUUGUGUUGUGAAGUGGUUCAAGACCACCGGCGCCGAGUUCGAGGCCGACUACUUCGCUUUUGACACUCAGGCUGUCGACAAGGCCAUGGAGAUCGUCGGCCGCUUCAACGAACUGGGUGUGAUGGAUAAACCCGUCAAAAUAAAUAUCCCUGCGGCUUGGGACUUUAACGACGUUGGCGGCGCCGACUGGGCUGGCCGGAGGGCACUGUGCGAGCCCUAUAUCCAUAACUACGAGAAGUUCAACAGCAACACGGGCUGGAGGAAUAAUUUCUGGGGCGACGGCACUAAGACCUGCCCAUUAGUCAUGCAGGCUCUGAGCCACUUUAGCUACCACGUAACCGAAGGGGCCUACCUUCUCUGCGACCUACAGGGCGGCAUAUACGUAAAUGAGGUCGUCCUGUCCAACCCCGUGAUCCUCUCCCAGACCCGGGAGUAUGGGGUCACCGACUUGGGCCCGGGUGGCAUCAGCACCUUCUUCCACCAGCACACUUGCAGCAUGUUCUGCCGCUCCGACUGGACCAAGCCUGCCAAACAGGAACUACACUUCACUCCAGUUUCGCACACGACUAUGAUGAGCCUAUGAAGUGUGAAAGGCGCCUUCCGGACUUGAGGGCAUGCGAGUGGUUGAGCGUCGGGGGUUGAGUUCCCUCGGUGGUUAAAGGAGACAAGAGUCCAAGUGGAUCGGCAUCUGGGGGAGUCGUCAACUGACUAUUUAGAUAGGGGGGGCCCAGUAGGGAUAAUCUAGUCCACAACAUCCAUCUGUUCUCUGCUUCUCUAACCUAAGCUACUGUGAUAAUGGCGCCGUCCAUAUUUUGCGGCCUUGAGACGCGGCUGUGUAUAUCCAUGU